CUCAAUACAUAACCUUAAAAGUAAUCGUUAAAAGUUUUUUUAAUCAUGGAAUCGAUAGAAAACGAAAAUCUUUACGAAAUCCUACAAAUUUCUAUUGAUAGUUCAACAUCUGAUAUUAAAAAAGCCUAUAGGAAAAAGGCAUUAAAACUCCAUCCUGAUAAAAACCCUGAUAACCCAGAUGCAGCAAAAGAAUUUCACAAGCUCUCAAAAAUCUUAGAAAUCCUAACAGAUGAAUCAGCAAGAAAGGCUUAUGAUCGUGUGUUAAAAGCACGACAAGAAGCCCAAAUAAGACACCAAGCUUUAGAUAGCAAAAGAAAGAAAUUAAAAGAAGAUUUAGAUGCACGAGAGCAAUUCAAAAGUAACCAACAAAAACAAAAAUCUGCUGAACAAUUAUUAAAAGAAGAAAUUGAAAGAUUACGAAAAGAAGGAUCAAAACAAGUGGAAGAAGAAAUAGCCCUCGUUACACAACAAAUAUUCAACGAAAGAAACAAUCAAAAUACGGAUGUUGAAAGAGAAGAAAGUGACAAAUUUCGAAUAAAAAUUAAAUGGAAAGCUAAUAAAAAUGAUGAUAAAAAUGGAGGGUAUAAUGAGGAAAUUUUAAGAAAAAUUUUAUUAAAAUAUGGUGAUAUAAACGUUUUGGUGAUGUCUUCUAAGAAGAAAGGGAGUGCUUUAAUAGAAUAUAAAACUAAACGAGCUGCUGAAAUGGCCAUCGAUUUAGAAAAAGGUUUAAUUGAGAAUCCUUUAAAUUUAGAAUGGGUGAAUCCGCCCAUUUCAAGUACAUCAAAAGGAACUACCAUUAAAGACUCCGAUUUUGAAAGUAUCGUUUUAAUGAAAUUGAGACAAGCCGAAGAACGAAAAAAAUUAAUAGCGCAAAUGAUGGCUGAAGAUAAAGAUGAUUAAA